AUGGCCGAUGUGACUCUUCCUCCGGCUGAUUCCGUCGUCGACAGCAGCCUCCCGGAGAAUACCACCUCUUCCUCACCACCUCCUCCACCGCCUCAGCAGGAGCAGCUACCUGAACAGCAAGAAGAGCAACAGCAAGGAGAGCAACAGCCUCCCAUCCACCGUGAGAGAGAUUCCCGCGAGCGGCGUGAUGACAGAGACCUCGAACGUCCGCCCAAUCGCCGUGACCGUGACCGUUCGCCUCUCCCACCGCCCCGCAGGGAUUAUAAGAGACGGAGUGGUAGCCCUCCGCCACCGUACAGAGAUAGGCGGCACUCUCCCCCUCCCAUGCGCCGCUCGCCUCCUCAAAAGCGUUACCGGAGGGACGAUAAUGGCUAUGAUGGUCGCCGUGGCAGUCCUCGUGGCGGCUAUGGACCACCUGACAGAAGAUUUGGGUAUGACCAUGGUGGAGGAUAUGACCGUGAAAUGGGAGGGAGGCCUGGUUAUGGUGACGAAAGGCCUCAUGGCCGCUUUAUGGGUCGCUAUCAGGAUUGGGAGGGAGGUCGUGGAGGUUAUGGUGAUGCUUCCAACAGUGGAAGUACUCAAAGGUUUGGGGAUGGAUUGAUGUCAUACAAACAGUUUAUGCAGGAGUUGGAAGACGAUAUAUUGCCAUCAGAAGCUGAACGCAGAUAUAAAGAGUAUAAGUCAGAGUUUAUCACAACACAGAAACGUGUCUUUUUUAACUCUCACAAAGAGGAAGAUUGGUUGAAAAAUAAGUAUCAUCCAACCAACUUACUCUCUGUCAUAGAAAAGAGGAAUGAGCUUGCACGGAAGGUGGCGAAGGAUUUCUUACUUGAUUUACAAAGCGGGGCAGUAGAUUUAGGUCCUUCAGUGACACCAUUGAAUAAAUCUGACCGGACCGAUGAGCCAAAUUCUGAAGAUGAAGCAGCUGGUGGUGGCAAAAGAAAAAGACCUGGUAGGGGGGAAUCUAAAGAGGCUGAACUUUAUUCAGCCGCACCGAAAGCACCCAGUUUCACUUCUGAUCCAAAGAGAAUCCUAACUGACGUUAACCAAGCACAAGCCCUUGUGCGUAAACUAGACUCUGAGAAAAAGAUUGAGGAGAACGUUUUGUCAGGUUCAGAAACUGAAAAGUCCGGUAGAGAAAAGUUACACAUUGGUUCGACUGGACCAACUGUAAUCAUAAGAGGCUUGACAUCUGUGAAAGGCCUUGAAGGUGUUGAAUUGCUUGACAUGCUUCUCACGUAUCUGUGGCGUGUUCACGGUGUGGACUAUUACGGAAAGGUUGAAACAAAUGAAGCUAAGGGUCUGCGGCAUGUAAGAGCGGAAGAAAAAGACUCUGAUGCAAAAGGAGAUGAGAGCGAAACUAAAUUUGACUCUCAUUGGCAAGAGAGGCUGAAAGGUCAAGAUCCCUUGGAAGUGAUGGCUGCUAGAGAGAAGAUAGAUGCUGCGGCUCUUGAAGUUUUAGAUCCACAUGUCCGUAAGAUUAGGGAUGAGAAGUAUGGUUGGAAAUAUGGUUGUGGAGCAAAAGGCUGCACGAAGCUGUUUCAUGCUGCUGAAUUUGUGUACAAACAUCUCAAGCUGAAACACACUGAGCUCGUCGUGGAUCUGACUGUCAAACUGCGGGAAGAACUGUAUUUUCAGAACUAUAUGAAUGAUCCGAAUGCUCCUGGAGGACAACCAGUGACGCAGCAACCUGGCCCGAGAGAUAGACCUAUGAGACGUAAACCAGGCAUGGAGAGCAGACUGAGGGAUGAUAGAGGUGGACGUAGAGAGCGUGACGGACGGGGUAACGGUAAUGACAGAAAUGAUAGGCCGGAGGAUCAACAGAGAGGUGAUGGUCCUGACGGUGCAAACCCGGAGGAAGGUGGGUACGAUGCAUUUGGAGGACCAGGCGGCAUUCAUGUUCCUUCCUUCUCCUCUGAUGUAAACCCACCACCAGUGCUCAUGCCUGUUCCUGGUGCCGGGCCACUGGGACCAUUUGUACCAGCACCACCUGAGUAUGCGAUGCAGAUGUUCCGAGACCCAAGUGGAGGGCCCAACAACCCUCCUUUCGAAGGUGGUGGCGGCGGCGGCAGAGGUGGACCGGCCCCAUUUCUUUUGUCUCCGGCCUUUAGACAGGAUCCUAGACGGCUACGCAGCUACCAAGACUUAGAUGCGCCAGAGGAAGAAGUGACAGUCAUUGAUUACAGGAGCUUGUAG